UAGGUGGCGGUAACGUAUUAUCUCGGUGUGUAGCGACAUCAACGGAAAGGAGACGGAAGCAGCAGUCAGUUAACCUGUUAUUGUUAGCUCGAUUUUCUGCAUUUAUUUUCUCUAAUAGCAGCCGCUUCACUUGUGAAUCCUUGACUUACUUCCUUUACUAAGCACCCUGUCCUGUGCUGACAGUUAAUUUCAGGAAGCGUUUCUUCACAGUUCCCUCGCAUCAUGUCUCACAACCACCCCUACAGACGACCGCUGUGUGACUCCGACCUCAGACCUGAACCUGGACCUUACGGCUCUGCAGACCGUCGACACGCCUCACCAGAUCACGACUUUUACAGGCCGCCUCCAGAGCACUUCUCCUCACCUUACCCGUCCACCUCCUCGUCCAGAGGUUCGGCAGGUGCUCAGUGGUCACAGGACAGCGUUCUCAACAUCCUGAACAGCUGUGGCCUGGAGCCCGACGACCUGGCUUUGCUGGCCAAGCUGCCUGAAGAUGUGCUUACCGUGGAUUCUCUGCCUCACCUCCUCCAGCAGAUCAAAGGAAAGCGAGGGAUGGUCAAACCUUUCCUUCCCCGGCCUCCCUCUCCUUCCUCCUCCUCUUCCUCUUAUCCUCCCAGCUCCACACGGUGGCAGUCUGUCACUUCGUCCUCCAGAGACUGGGAUCAGCGCCACAGCCAGGUGGUUCGCUACCCACUGGACCAUACAUCAUCCUGUCAUCUUCCAUCUGAGCAGGACCGCUGGGGGACUCCCCUAACCAGCAGCUCUGUCAGGGCAGACGUACUGUCACCAUCAUCUUCAUCAUCAUCCGGCUACAUUGUGCUGGACUUCCACCACAGAUCACCCUCUGAGUUUGGUAAGACAGGCAGAGUCACUGGUCCAGCUUCCUUUCAGGACCGAGCCACUUUCAGUGCACCAGUGCCUACAAAAGUAGCUCGGCCAUCCCGUUUCUCCGAUCCCAGAGCAGCUGUUUACAGGUCGGCACCUCCUCCUGAAGAGUACCAGCCUCAGCCUCGAGGGGGCCGCCGUGAGUCUGAAGCUUCUACAGUCAGGAGCGGCAGGCAGCAUGCUGCCGCUGCCCUGAUGCCCUCCCAGAAGGAAGCUCGGGACUUCCAUGGGACAUGUCCGAAAGUGUUCCCGUACUCGUGCUCACUGUGUGAUAUCACUGUGCUGUCAGAGAAGGAUUGGACCAAACACAUCAACGGCAGUAAUCAUGCAGACGGACAGCUCAACCUGCUGCAGCGGUUUCCUAGCUGGGACUGUCGCAUGGAGACAGUCAGCAGGGCUGACAACCGAUCGGAGAAGUGGAAGGAUGAAGAGAGACCGGCCCAGCUGUCACAGACAGUCAAUCAGAGCCAAAGGCCACAGCCAAACAUGAAGUCCCAGAACAAGACUUCAGACAAAAGCAAAGUGGUGUGUGUGAAGUUUCCAGCUCGGUCUGUGGAUGAGAAGUACCUGAGGAAACUGACUGAGCCGUUUGGAAAGAUCGCCCAGAUCCUCAUGUUUCCUUCUCUAGCGUUUGUGGAGCUGGGCUCUGCUGACCAGGCGAAGGACUUGGUGAAGUUUCAUGUGAACUAUCCUCCAACUGUGAACGGAGAACGGAUUGAGUUCAGCAUCUCCAGCACCUUCAACUUCCUCAAGAGCUCUCGGGUGGUGAGCUUCAGCCCAGCUCCAGAAGGGAAGGACAGCCAGUCGGAUCUGAUCAGCAUUGUCAGACGCUUCGGCCCACCGCUCUACACCCUGUUCCUGCCGUCGAUGGUGUUUGUAGAGAUGCGACAUGAUCUUGAUGCUCAGAAGCUGGUUGAUUAUUAUUCUUCCAACACGCUGAGGAUCAACAAUAUCAUUAUCAAAGUUUCCUUCUCAGGAGAAUACAAGACCCUCACGCGGGUUGCGUCGGCUAAAAAGUAUGAAGAGGAAACCUCUGCACCGAGGAGGAGAAGGAGCUUGAGCCAAGACAAAGACAAGACAACAGACUCAAAGAGGAAGAGGAGCAGCAGCAGCAAAGACCGAGAGCAGGACGGGAAGAAGGAAGGAGGAAGAUCUGCCAGAGACAAGAGGAACAGGUCCAGAUCCAGAGAAAAGUCCAAUGGAGCGAGAGGUACCAGAGGCAGCUCCAGAGGCAAAUCAAAAGAAAAGUCCAACAGAGACUGCAAGACUAGGUCCAGGUCUAAGUCUAAAGAAAAGUCCAACAGAGACCGCAAGACUAGGUCCAGGUCUAAGUCUAAAGAAAAGUCCAACAGAGACCGCAAGACUAGGUCCAGGUCCAAGUCUAAAGAAAAGUCCAACAGAGACCGCAAGACUAGGUCCAGGUCCAAGUCUAAAGAAAAGUCCAACAGAGACCGCAAGACUAGGUCCAGGUCCAAGUCUAAAGAAAAGUCCAACAGAGACCGCAAGGCUAGGUCCAGGUCCAAGUCUAAAGAAAAGUCCAACAGAGACCGCAAGGCUAGGUCCAGGUCUAAGUCUAAAGAAAAGUCCAACAGAGAGCAGAAAACCAGGUCCAGCUCCAGAGAGAAAUCCAGCAGCAGGUCCUUGAAGCAGAACAUGCCUGGAGAGAAGACGGUGAAAGCAGAGGAACUAGAGGAACCUGAGACAAAGGAGGAACCUGAGACAAAGGAGGAACCUGAGAAUGCAGAGACAGUUGACUCUGAGUCAAGGACUGAAGAGUCCAGACCUGAAGGUGCAGAGAGACAGACUGAAAAGGAAACAGAGGUGUCUGCAGAGGACAGUGACAUCGAGGGGAUGGAGGUGAUUGGAGAGGAUGGAGAGAACCUGGAGGAAGAAGACAGGGAAACUGUGGAUUAUCUUCAGGUGGAUGCGAAGGAGAAGGAGGAGGAAGAGGAGGGAGCAAUGGAAGAGGGAGCAAUGGAAGAGGAAGCUGUUGAGGCAGAGAGAACAAACUCGCCUGAACAAGAUCAAGAGGAGGUGGUAAAGGAGGGAGAGAGUAAUGAUCAGGACACACCGGAGCUGGAGGAGGAGGAGAAGGAGGAGAAGGAGGAGGAGGAGAAGGAGGAGGAGGAGAAGGAGGAGGAGGAGGAGGAGGAGAGAGCAUCCAACAGAGAAACUGAGGAGACAAACGAGAUGCAGCUGGAGCACGACAAGCAGGAACCAGAUUUCCCAGUAGACCUGGAGAACUGCAUCACUCUGGAUGAACUGGAAGACCACCAGUCUGAUGGACAAGGUGAAGAAACCAGAGACGAACUCAUGUCUCCGUCUACCAAAGUGGUCUGCUUCAGCAACCUGCCCAGGCGCUCCUACACCGACACCCAGUUUGUCAAACUGGUCAAAGGAUUUGGGAAGGCGGUGCGCUACUUCCUGAUGCGCCGAAAGCGACUGGGUUUCGUUGAGAUGUCGACUCCUUCAGAGGCUCUACAAGCUGUCAAAGAGCUGACCUCUCAAUCCAUCAUCUUCAACGAUUCCAAACUCAUCAUCCAGCUCUGGGACAAAUCCAACAGCCUCAGCAACGGGUUGGAGGUUCAGUCGGACUCAGACGAGGACAAGAGGAGUGAGAGCCGGACUCGAAGCAGCAGCAGGAGGAUCGAGACACAGAACAAAUCCAAAACCUCUGAAAGAGACGAGACCUGCAGGAAGUCCAAGGGGAUGAAGGAGUCCUCCAAGAAAUCUACAGAGGAGUCUGUCGAUCAGAAGCCUUCGGACAAGGAAUUAUCAGGAAAAGAGACUCCAGAAAAGGACCUGAAAGACACAAAUUCAGAGUCUGCCUGUAAAGAAUCUGGGUCCAGAAAGUCUCCAGAGAAAGAGAUGAUCAGAGAGCAAACCUCUGAGGAUGAGUCAGAAUCCAGAAAGACUGAAGAGAACAACUCUGUUGCUCAUGACACAAAAGAAUCACCAACUGAAGAGACGGAGUUGUUUCCUGAGAUGAGUGAAGUGAAGCAGUUGAAAAGACAAGGGACUCCUGAGAACAACUCGGUGCCUGAAAAAAUCCUAAAGCAAGAGUCUGAAAGUGAAAACGAGUCGAUGGUGGAAGAAGAAGAAAAGUCUGAGACUUGUGAGCAGAAAGGAUGUGCUGACGUGGCUCUGCAGAGCAAGGCUGAGCUGAAUUCAGGGGCUGCAGGGAAAGAAAAAGGAACUCAUUCUGAAGAGGAAGCAGCAAAAUCUGGACUAAAGAGUCCAGAUCAGCCAGAGUCUGCUGGAGAUCCUUCACAGAAACUACAAAGUGAACAGAGAGCUCCUACUGAAGAUCAGCUGCAGGACUCAAAGGAUGCACAGGACGUGGAGCGCAAACCUCAACCUGCAGGGGGCACUGCAGAGCCUGAGAAACCUACCAAACCUGUUGGGACGCAGUUUGUUCGGCCGAUCGUCGGUUACUUCUGUCAUCUGUGCGAGGUGAUCUACGCCAAUGAGGACGAAGCCAAAGUGGAGCACUGCAGCAGCCUGACACACUACAGGAAGUACCAGGAGAAGACUGGGAACGAUCCAUGGGCAAGCUGAACUUACUGACGCUGCACGAAGCUCAUCCUUAAUGUGAACUGAAUCCAAAGUGUCACUGGACUGAUGGACACGGUCCUGAAACAAACACCACUUUACCUAAAAGCCCAUGGACACAAACACCAGCUGUGAGAAAAUGAGUUUUGGAUCUGAUGUAAUUCUGGUGGUUAAUGACAUUAUGGAGCCAGCUACUGCAGAAAAGUCUUGUUUAAAGAGUGUAUUAACAGUUUAAAUUUGACAAAGCACUUUUAUUUUAUCGAACCUCUAAUCAAUCAACAUAAAAAUACGCAGAAAAACAAUUCACUUUGUUCUGAGGAUAAAAGGAACAGUUCAACAUUUUAGAGGAUUAGUUUUUAAAUCAUUCACUGACCAGCAUGUCUCAAUGUCACAUACAAACCAGUUUGUGCUUUUACUGCAUGUUUAUGUGCCUGAACUGGUUCUUGUUUAGAGCAUAUCUGGCCGUAGAGCGCUCCUGGCCCUUGGUGGGUGGAAACAUCUGACACCGUUUCUGACUAACAACAGAUUUGUGAGCCUCUUCAGUCUUUAUGCUAAGAUAGGCUAACCAGAGGGUGUUCCAACCCGAACUGUCUCUUUAAGCUAAACGUACACGUAAAGAGUUGUGUGCAUUCCCUCCUCUGUGCAGCAGGUUCAUCUUUUAGCUCAGUUCAGUUUUUAAUGUCAUAAAAUUGUGAAAAUUGUCGCAUUCUUCAAGCGUCUUUUGCUCGACCAACGGACCAAAAUCCAGAGAUUCUGUUUAAAACAAACCAUUGGUCCACCAAUCAACUAGUCAGGCGGUAAGUUAAUCAGCAGUUACUUUAGUUCUGCUGGUUUUCUUUUGUCUUUAGCAGCUCUGGGCAUGUUUGUUUUCUAGACAGUAUGGUGUUUGCUAUUUAUUGCUGCUGAAACAAAGGAAUUUCCCCAUUGUGGGAUUAAUAAAGUCUUAUCUAAUAAAACUGA